UCUCCCUCGCGAACUCCGUGAAAGGAAUUGGCGCCGUUCGACACCAGGCGGGUCCGCUCUGCAGCAGGAACCCACGUCCAGCCGCAGCCGCAGCCGCCGCAGCCGCCGCCCGCGCCGAGGAGCAGCCGCAGCCAGUGCCGAGGAGGAGCGAGUCUGAGCAGCGCCAGCGUGAACGGGGCCCUCACCAUGAGUUCCUCGCCUGUUAAUGUAAAGAAGCUGAAGGUCUCGGAGCUGAAGGAGGAGCUCAAGAAGCGGCGCCUCUCCGACAAGGGCCUCAAGGCCGACCUCAUGGAGCGGCUCCAGGCCGCGCUGGACAGCGAGGAGGCCGGCGGCCGCCCCGCCAUGGAGCCCGGGAACGGCAGCCUCGACCUGGGCGGGGAUUCCGCCGGGCGCUCGGGAGCAGGCCUCGAACAGGAGGCCGCGGCCGGCGGCGACGAGGAGGAGGAGGAGGAGGAAGAGGAGGAGGGGAUCCCCGCCCUGGAUGGCGACCAGAUGGAGAUCGGGGAGGAGAACGGCGCCGCGGGGGCGGCCGACGCGGGCCCGAUGGAGGAGGAGGAGGCCGCCUCGGAGGACGAGAACGGCGACGACCAGGGCUUCCAGGAGGGGGAGGAUGAGCUCGGAGACGAGGAGGAAGGCGCGGGCGACGAGAACGGGCACGGGGAGCAGCAGGCUCAACCGCCGGCGACGUCGCAGCAACAGCCCCAGCAGCAGCGCGGGGCCGCCAAGGAGGCCGCGGGCAAGAGCAGCGGCCCCACCUCGCUGUUCGCGGUCACGGUGGCGCCGCCCGGGGCCAGCCAGGGCCCGCAGCAGUCGGGAGGAGACGGCAAAACAGAGCAGAAAGGCGGAGAUAAAAAGAGAGGUGUGAAACGCCCUCGGGAAGAUCACGGCCGCGGAUACUUUGAGUACAUUGAAGAGAACAAGUAUAGCAGAGCCAAGUCUCCUCAGCCACCUGUUGAAGAAGAAGAUGAGCACUUCGAUGACACGGUGGUUUGUCUUGACACUUAUAAUUGUGAUCUGCAUUUUAAAAUAUCAAGAGAUCGCCUCAGUGCUUCUUCCCUUACUAUGGAGAGUUUUGCUUUUCUUUGGGCUGGAGGAAGGGCUUCCUACGGUGUGUCAAAAGGCAAAGUCUGCUUUGAAAUGAAGGUUACAGAGAAGAUCCCAGUAAGGCAUUUAUACACAAAAGAUAUUGACAUCCAUGAAGUUCGGAUUGGCUGGUCUCUAACCACCAGUGGAAUGCUACUUGGAGAAGAAGAAUUUUCUUAUGGGUAUUCUCUAAAAGGAAUAAAAACAUGCAACUGUGAGACUGAAGACUAUGGAGAGAAGUUUGAUGAAAAUGAUGUGAUUACAUGUUUUGCUAACUUUGAAAGCGAUGAAGUAGAACUCUCCUAUGCAAAGAAUGGACAAGACCUUGGUGUUGCCUUCAAAAUCAGUAAGGAAGUUCUUGCUGAUCGGCCACUCUUCCCACAUGUUCUCUGCCACAACUGUGCUGUUGAAUUCAAUUUUGGUCAGAAGGAAAAGCCAUAUUUUCCAAUACCUGAAGACUAUACUUUGAUCCAGAAUGUUCCCUUGGAGGACCGAGUUAGAGGUCCAAAAGGGCCUGAAGAGAAGAAAGAUUGUGAAGUGGUUAUGAUGAUCGGCUUGCCAGGAGCUGGGAAAACUACCUGGGUUACUAAACAUGCAGCAGAAAAUCCUGGUAAAUACAACAUUCUUGGAACAAAUACCAUAAUGGAUAAAAUGAUGGUAGCAGGCUUUAAGAAGCAAAUGGCAGAUACGGGAAAACUGAACACACUGCUGCAGAGAGCGCCACAAUGUCUUGGGAAGUUUAUCGAGAUCGCUGCUCGCAAGAAGCGGAAUUUUAUUCUGGAUCAGACAAACGUGUCUGCUGCUGCCCAGAGGAGAAAAAUGUGCCUGUUCGCGGGCUUCCAGCGGAAAGCUGUGGUCGUCUGCCCGAAGGAUGAAGACUACAAGCAGAGAACACAGAAGAAAGCAGAAGUGGAGGGCAAAGACCUCCCAGAGCAUGCAGUUCUCAAAAUGAAAGGAAACUUUACACUGCCGGAGGUUGCUGAGUGCUUUGAUGAGAUAACCUAUGUGGAACUUCAGAAGGAGGAGGCCCAAAAACUUUUGAAGCAAUAUAAGGAAGAGAGCAAAAAGGCUCUUCACCCCGAAAAGAAACAGAAGAGCAAUAAAAAUAAGAGUGGCAAGAACCAGUUUAACAGAGGUGGUGGCCACAGAGGACGUGGUGGAUUCAAUAUGCGUGGUGGAAAUUUCAGAGGAGGAGCUCCUGGGAAUCGUGGUGGCUAUAACAGGAGGGGCAACAUGCCGCAGAGAGGUGGCGGCGGAGGCGGAAGUGGUGGAAUUGGGUAUCCGUACCCACGUGGCCCUGUUUUUAGCAGCCGAGGUGGCUAUUCAAACAGAGGAGGGAACUACAACAGAGGUGGAAUGCCCAACAGAGGGAACUACAACCAGAACUUCAGAGGACGAGGAAACAAUCGUGGCUAUAAAAAUCAAUCUCAGGGCUACAACCAGUGGCAGCAGGGUCAAUUCUGGGGUCAGAAGCCAUGGAGUCAGCAUUAUCACCAAGGAUAUUAUUGAAUACCCAAAUAAAACGAACUGAUACAUAUUUCUCCAAAACCUUCACAAGAAGUCGACUGUUUUCUUUAGUAGGCUAACUUUUUAAACAUUCCACAAGAGGAAGUGCCUGCGGGUUCCUUUUUUAGAAGCUUUGUGGGUUGAUUUUUUUUCUUUUCUUUUUUGUACAUUUUUAAUUGCAGUUUUAAAGUGAAUCGUAAGAGAACCUCAGCAUUGUGCACGAUAAGAGAAUGUGUCAGUAUUUCAGGGUUCUACAUUUUAUCUGUAAAAUGUGACUUUUUUUUUUAUCACAACAAAAGUAAAAUGUUGCUUUGUACCUGGUGUCUUUUAUUAAGAAUUUACUCCCCCCAUUUCUCAGAGAUAACAGUCGGGAGUCAUUGUCACAAUAUAAUAGAAAUGUUAGCAACCAGAUUCAUGUAAGGACUAAGCGGUCCUCAUGAAUUGCAUAAGACUCUGUACUGCUCAUAUUACACUCCAUCCUCUCUGUAGUUUGCUGAGUAGUGGAGGGGGUAUGCUAAAUAGUAGUUUCUGACAAUAACUGGGAAGGCUUUUUCUUUUUAAAUAACAUUGGAAUUGGCAUAAUUGAAUAAAGAUAAAACUUGGAACCAAGAUAGAGAAGAUGGAGUGUAUGUAGAAGGGCUGUUAAAAAUGUAAAACUUGGUUGUAUUAUUUGUGGAGGCUCAAACUUGUGAAGGUUAAAUACCAUAAUUUUCCAUUUGUUCUGCAUUUUGAUUCUGAAAAGAAAGCUGGCUUUGCCCAUUUCUUAUUAAAAAAACUUGUUGUAAAUCCA